AAUGGAUCAAUAAACAGAGGAAACAUUAAAUUUAGGAAUAGAUGUUUAAGUGUGUGAUCCAAUAGUAAAGAAAGAUGGAAUAAAAAAUUAUGUAGUAUACACACUUAAAGGUUAAGAUAAAGAUGGCCAAUUUGAAGUAAUACGUCGAUUCAAUGAAUUUGAUUGUUUUAGGUAUAUUUAUAUACUAUGUAGAACGACUCUUCAAAUACGAUGGCCUGGAUGUUAUGUUCCUCCAUUACCAAUCAAGAAACCAGUUGUAAGUGUUCUAACUUAUUCAAAAGGGAAAUAUGGAUUAAAAGUUUAUUGAUGAGAGAAUGCAUUAUCUCAAUCUUUUCAUGAAUAAAUUGACAACAAUUAAUCAUUUAUGGUAUUCUGAAGAAACCAAACUCUUUAUUAAGGGUGGUGGAGAUAUUGAAAAAGUAAUCAUAUAUCAUUAUUUCUUUUAGCAAUUAUUAGCUUUAUAAAAACCAACUCCUGGUGAUAUCAUAUAUAAAUAUGAAACAAUAUUCAAAGAUUUUUCAGGCAAAGAAAUAAAUGAUCAAUUACUCUCUAAGAUUGGGAAUUUCUCUUUGUUUUUAAAGAGGAUUCAACCAUAAUUAGAAACAUUUUAAUAAUAAGCCAAAUAACUUGUUUAAUCGAGGUAGACAUCUUAAUCAUUAUACAAGAAUUUAAUGUCAAGAAAAUAUGAAUCUAUUAUUAGAUUAUUUAAUGCCUGAAUACGAAAAGAAUUGUUUAACAGAAUAUGUUGUUAAUCCUGAAAAUAAACUUGUUUUUGUUUAACAUAAUACAGAGUUAUACCAAUAAUAUGUUUUAUAUUUUUUAUUUAUUUUUAGCGAGCAGCCAAUGAAAAGAGUGCCCUUGAUAAUUUUGCAUUAUCUAUUAAAAUAGAAACAAGAGACAUUGAUGCUGUCCUUGAAGCUAUAUAAUGCAAAGACAAAUAUGAAUAGAUUAAAUAAAACUAUUUGACUAAAUUAUGUAGUUUGAGCAAUGAAAAAAAAGAUAUUGAGAAUGGCAAAACUACAUUGAAAUCCUUUUUCAAUUCAAAUAAAGAGGAAUUUAUUCAAAAAACAUAGCAAUAAAUUGAUAAUGUAAUUUUAUUAUUAUAUUAUUCUUAAAAGAUCCAAAAAGAGAUUGAAUAGUUGACUAUCCUAUGUGAUAUGAUAACCAUAAUAUUAGGAUAUUUUAUUAUACCAAAAUAUAAAGUAUUCUUCAUUUUAACUUAUUUUUAGUAAGAAAAAGAGAAAAAUUAUUACUAAUUAUUAAGACAAAUGGCACAACAUCAAGUUUAAAAAGCAUAAGCAGAAAGAAAUUAUUGGUUAGAUUUAGAUAAGAAUCAAAUGUUUAUGGAAGUUUGA